AUGGUAAUAAAGAGCAAGACCAGAACCGCUACUUCUUUCUUGUCAUUGUUUCCGCAGAGAUCCGCUCGAGAGAGAGAUCAUUCAUUCAUUCGGGCUGAAAAGACGCAGCAGCAAAGCAAUGGAAGGCGAGUGCGCGGAGCGGCGGAAGAAAGCCAAGCUGGCGAUCAUCGAGAUGGCCCACGCCAUCAGCGUCCCAAUGUCGCUCACCGCCGUCGUCCGCCUCAACGUCGCCGACGCCAUCUGGCAAGGCGGCGCCAACGCCCCUCUCUCCGCCGCCGAGAUCCUCUCCCGCCUCCAUCCUCCUCUUUCUUCCAGCCCGGCGGAUCCCCGGAACCUCCAGCGCAUCCUCCGCCUGCUCUCCGCCCACGGCGUGUUCGACGAGCACGACGCCGCCGCCGCCACCGGCGGCGAGAGGAAGUACUCCCUGACGGAUGUCGGCGAGACGCUGGUGACGGAUGCCGACGGGGUUUCCUACGCGGCCUACAUCCUCCAGCACCACCAGACGUGAAGCAUGUGGGUGGCGAUAUGUUCAAGUCCAUACCUAGUGGUGAUGCAAUCUUCAUGAAGUGGGCUUUGACGGCUUGGGCGGAGGAGGAAUGCAAGAAGGUAAUGGAGAACUGCUACAAGGCGCUGCCACAGGGAGGGAAGCUGAUCGUCAUCGAGCCCGUGCUGCCGGAGAAGAGCGACCACAGCCUCAGGACGCGAGCCCUGCUCGAAUCCGACGUCUUCAUGAUGACACUUUACAGGGUGAAGAGCAAGCAGAAGACAGAGGAAGAGUUCAAGCAGCUUGGUCUGGCUGUUGGCUUCUCCAACUUCAGGGCGUUCUACUAUGUUGAUUACUUCCUCACCCUCAUGGAGUUCCAGAAAUAAUAGGGAUCUUUUGUGUAAAUUUCCAAGCUAGGCUCAAAAUAUACUCGUAGUACGACAUAAUACUACUCGUGCUGUAAUAAUAUCAUCGUUGCCCGUCGUCAAAGUUAUAAUAAUCAGGAAUCUCUUAUCAGAUAUGAACCAGUUUCAUGUCUUGAAUUAACCAUCUGCAG